UAUUGGGUGGCUCAAGUUUGUCAUUAGCCAAUUAAUUACUUCAAUUUCUUUCUUUAAACGGCUUAUUCUUUCUGUCACACAACUAUUUUUCGGAUUCCUGGCGAAGCUUAAUCCUAAACCUUAAGAUAUUGAGAAUUGCGUACAUGGAAAGAGAAAAAGAAAAUGAAGGAGAAAUAGAGAAAUUAGCAAGCAACUCAGUGCAGGUACCAUCUGAUGUGCUUCGCGAGGACAUUCUCGAUCUGCUUGAUUUCAUAGAGAGGUUAAAGAAUGAAGAAGAUCAAACUGUUCUUGACACAGAUCAAAUUGAAAAGCUGACAUUUUUGUCUGCAUGUUUACAACUUUGUCAUUACAUUUUGGAUGGUUCUAAUGCUGAAACGUCUUUCUUAUCAUAUGAAGCUCAUGAUAUGGUUCAGUCACUUUUUCAUAAAUGUGGAGAUGACAUGCUGGUUAAAUUAAAGGAUCAUAUUGCUCCUCACCUCCGUGAAAAUAUCCACAGUUCUAUCAUCUCAGAUCAUCAUUCUGAAUCAAGUGCCACCAUAACUGAGGAUCAGCUCGUUGAACUCUUGCAUGCACUCUUUGUGAAUCUCCAUUAUCUACCCAAGGUUCGUGCUGAGUUGAUUUUGUCAUCAGUGACUCAAUAUGAGCUUCUUCAGAAUGUAUUUGGGAAUUUAAGAGAUUUCCAUGGGCUGAAAGUAAAUGGUUACAUUGAGCAUAAGACAAUUGAAUACAUCUUACCGCAGUUUCAACUUAUGGCUGGGAGAGUAGGACACUUCUGUUUUGUCCUUUUGUCGUAUCAACUUGAUAAUAAAGAUGAAGAAGAUGAAAAUGAAGUCUCCUUUCGAAUCAAUUCCAUGCUAGUAAACCUACUUUUGAAUAUAAUUCCGGUUUCACUGGAGGUAUGCACAUAUGUUCUACAAAUUUGGAAGCUUCAAAGUCAGCAGAAGUUGGAUGCUUCAUUAAGAAGCUCCUAGAAGCCUCUCCAGACAUUCUUGGAGAAUAUCUGAUUCAGCUACGACAACACAUGGUUAAUGCUAUUACUCCUAGCACCUCUGCUCGAAAUAUUCAUAUCAUGAUAGAGUUCCUGUUGAUUAUUAUUACUGAUGUGCCCAAGGACUUUAUUCAUUAUGAAAAAUUAUUUGUUCUAUUGGCACGUGUUGGAGCACUUAUCAGGGAGGUAUCCGUUCUUGUUCGAAACUUGGAAGAGAAUACCAUGGAAACAAGCAGUGGAAGUAUAAACUUGCUGGAAAAUAUUGAACUCCUGAGGAAAGAUCUCAAGAAUGUUUUCUUGAAUGUCCUUGCAGACUCAUCUCAGCUCUAAUUUCCCAUGAGUGAUGGACUGCUAUUCAUGACUCUUCUACUCAGAAACUUAAAUUACUUGCUCAACUCCAAUGCUUAUUCAGUUGUUUUGAUAAAAGAAGAAAUUGGCCGGGUGAAAGAACACCUUGAACACAUAAGAUCAUUCUUCGGGAAUGUGGAACAAGAAUUGUAUAGAGAUCUUUGGAUUGGUGUUCUAGAUGUGGCAUAUGAGGCGAAACAUGCCAUUAAAUCAAUUCUUGCCAGAGAUCAUGGUCUCUUGCAGCUUAUUUUCUUACUUCCUGAUGCCGUAGAAAAGAUCAAGCUUGUCAAAAAAGAGGUACAAGAGAAGAUCUCCCAAAAGACGAGUAUCACUUUUACAAACUCUCCUAACAAGCCAGUUGAAAGCAAGUCAUCAACUGCUGGUAAAAUAUUUGUAAGUUUUGAGGAGGAGACACAGUGGAUAAUUAGGAAGCUCACCAGCGGACCAACAGAGAUAGAUAUCAUUUCCAUAGUUGGUAUGCCAGGGAUUAGAAAAACUACUUUGGCUUAUAGAGUAUAUAAUGAUAUGUCUGUUGUUGGUCAUUUCGACGUUCGUGCUUGGUGCACAGUCGACCAGGAGCAUAAUGAGAAAAAGUUGUUGUAGAAAAUUUUCAAUCAAGUUAUUGGUUUGCAAUGAAGUUUCAAUGAUGAUGGCAUAGAUGAUGAUGUUGCUGAUAAGCUAAGGAAACAACUGUUUGGAAAGAGGUACUGUAAGACCCCACGUCCUCCAUGUGUUACCUUGGGUAGUAUGGUCUUAGGUUGAAGGACUAGAAUAGUGUCUAAGAGACUUAGACUCAUUUCUUUUGACUUCCAAAGUGAGUAAAGUUUAAACAAUGCAUAA